AUGUCACAUACAAGAAAACUUAAAUAUCACGAGGAAAAACUUUUAAAAAAGACCAAUUUUAAACAUUAUAGAAGAGAAAAUCAAAAAGAUGUUGAAAAUAUUGGUAGAUUUGGAUUAAAAGGUAAAGAAGAAUAUGCAGAAUAUACAAAAUUAGUAGCACAAUAUAAACAUGUUUUAAAGGAGAUCUCUGAUCUCAGUGAUCAAGAUCCAGUAAAACAAAAACUUUUAAGUGAUUUAUCAGAAAAGUUAUAUAAUAUGGGUGUAAUCGAUUUAAAACAACCAUCUGAAUUAGUUAAAGUUAAUGCAUCUUCAUUCUGUAGAAGAAGAGCUGUUGUAAUGUUAGUUAAAAAGAAAUUUGCUGAACAUUUAACACAAGCUUUUGGUUUAUUAUCACAUGGUCAUGUAAGAAUUGGACCAGAAACAAUACAAGAUCCAGCAUUAAUUAUUACAAGAAAAUCAGAAGAUCUUUUAACAUGGGUAGAUAAUUCAACAAUGAAGAAGAAAGUUCAAGAAUACAAUGAGUAUAUUGGAUGA